AGCCGAAAUACUUCCUGUUAGCAACCAGCUCGAGGACGUUUGUGUCUGGUUUCCAAGACGGAUUGCCUUGUGACUGUAAACGUUGUCUUUCCGGUUUAAAACGAGUUUUCCUCGAAAUAAACAAAGGGACAAGCCAGCUGGGCACGUUGUGCAUACGAACUGGCUUGUUAGCGUGUAGCUAGCUAUGCUUCAAGCUAUCCACCUCGUAAAGUAACGGUAGCUAGGCUAGUAAAUAGCUAGCAAGCUAAUGCUAAGGUUGAUUCUUACUUUUUGCUAGCUACUCCUCUUGACUAGCUUGCAGCUAAAGUUAUUUACCUCGCAAUAACAUUAGCUGACCAGUUGAUUUCAAGAUGAGCGAGCAACUUAAAUUUAUUGUUGAGUACCUGAAUAAAGACCCCUUCAAGAAAAACUUUAACCUGAUCACCUUUGACUCACUGGAGCCAAUGCAACUGCUGCAAAUUCUCAACGAUGUUCUGGCCGAAAUAGACCCUAAGCAAACUAUUGAUAUCCGUGAAGAAAUGCCUGAUCAGACAGCAAAGAGAAUGUUCACUUUGCUGGGGAUGUUGAAAUACAAACCACCUGGGAAUGUGUCUGAUCCGAGCAGUUUCAGACAGGGCCUGGUGACUGGCAGUAAGCCUGUGAUACACCCUAUCCUUCACUGGCUGCUGCAGAGGAUCACAGAGCUGAAGAAGAGAGCUUACUUGGCUCGCUUCCUGGUUAAGCUGGAGGUGCCUUCUGAGUUCCUGCAGGAUGAUGUCAUCACUGACACCUAUCACCAGUAUGAAGAAUUAGUGGAAGGAUUCAAGACCUACCACAAGGAGUGUGAGCAACUGAAAAGCUCUGGCUUUUCCACUGCAGAGAUCAGAAAGGACAUUGGUGCUAUGGAGGAGGAGAAGGACCAGCUGAUCAAGCGAGUGGAGCGGCUAAAGAAGAGGGUGGAGUCAGUGUCCAACCACCAGCGGAUGCUGGAACUGGCCAGACAACUACGGGUGGAAAAGGAGAGAGAAGAGUCUCUGGCUCAGCAGAAGCAAGAGCAGAAGAACCAACUUUUCCAGGCAGAACAGAGACUGCAGAGAUCUCAGCAGCAGCUGAAGGACCUGCGUCAGGCAGCAGCAGAUGCCAAGCCAGAGAGCUUAAUGAAGAGGCUUGAAGAGGAGAUCAAGUUCAACUCCUACAUGGUGUCUGACAAACUGCCCAAGGAGCUGGAGAGUAAGAGGCGGAUGGUGCAGUACCUGCAGAAAGUGGUGUCUGAGCCGGCCAUGGGCCAAGCUGAGCUUGGGGAACUAGAGGACAAGAUUCGAGAAAACAACAUUGAAAUAAACCUGCUGAUUGAGAAAAGAAUGAUGCGAAACGACCCCAUGGAUGAUAAACUGUCUCUUUUCAGGCAACAGGCGUCUAUUAUAACUCGUAAGAAGGAGGCGAAGGCGGAGGAGCUGCAUGAGGCGCGGGAGGAGCUAGCUGCACUAGACAGAGAGCUGAACCAGAAGAACAGCCAGGCACGAGACCAGGACGGAGACGAAGUCAUCCGGGGAGACGAGUUUAAACGUUUUGUCGGGAAACUGCGCAGCAAGGGGACAGUGUUCAAGAAGAAGCGGCAGGAGAUCACCGAGCUGAGAGCUGAGUAUGGGGUCCUGCAGCGGACAGAGGAGAUCCUAAAACAGAGGCACGAGGUCGGCCAACAGCAACUGCAAUCCAUGGAGGCACAGAAGGGGAUCUCUGGGUACAGUGACACUCAGGAGGAACUGGAGAGAGUGUCAGCCAUCAAGAGUGAACUGGACGAGAUGAAGGGGCGCUCGCUGGACGACAUGUCAGAAAUGGUGAAGAAACUGAACUCGACGAUAGUGGAGAAAAAGUCUGCCCUUGCUCCGAUCAUAAAGGAACUGAGGCCUUUGAGACAGCAGUGUCAGGAGCUAACUCAAGAGUAUGAGGAAAAGAAGGCCCAGUAUGACAGCUGUGCUGCAGGGCUGGAGAGUAACCGAUCCAAACUGGAGCAGGAGGUGAGAGCUCUGAGGGAGGAGAUGGCUCAGGAGGAAAACCGAUACCACUACAUCAACUGCAUGAAAGAGAUCAUUGAGAUGCAAAUGCAGCGAGCAGCAGAGGAGAUGAAGGCCUACGUGUCCCCUGAUCCGCAAGAGAGGAGGAAGACCAUCAGGGAGCAGUACAUGAAGAACAUUGCAGAGCAGGAGUCCCUGGGCAAGAAGUUGCGUGAGCAGCAGAAGAGUGUGAGGGAAAGCCAUGGGCCGAACAUGAAGCAGGUGAAGAUGUGGCACGACCUGGAACAGCUGAUGGAGUGCAAGCGCCAGUGCUUCCUGAGGGCCCAGAGCCAAGCCUCCAUUGGCCAGGUCAUCCAGGAGGGCGGUGAGGAUAGGCUAGUGCUGUGAGGACGAGGAGAAUAUCAACGCAGGGCCAACUCUGGUACACUAAGCUCUACCACAAUGACCAGGACUUCUCACUCAUCUAACUACUGUACUAAAGUUCGCCAGUUAUAGUUAAUUAUUCUGUUCCGUUUGUCAUGCAUUAUAUCUAUUUUUAGGUGAGAUAAUUACUCUUCAUGUAUCAAAACUACUCUGCUUUCAUCGCCUACAGUUAAAAGGAUUCAAUUUA